GUUUUGAGAGGAAAAAACAAAGCAGAGGAUGUGAGUGGGGGGGGGGUACGCGUUCGUGUUCAAGAAGGAAAUGGAAGCACACCCAGUUCUCCUUUCUCCUUUCUCCUUCCUCUCCUCCUCUUUCUAUUUCUGUUUCUCGAAUCUUACUGGUUCCGUCUGGCCAUCCCCCUCCUCUUUUUUCUCUGUGAAGUGGUCGUAAUUGAGGGCUACGGGUUAGCAGACAUUCAUUUGCUUCGGCUCACCGCUCAUGGGGGCCGGUAUGUCUGGUUUCGUUAUAUCGGAGAGUGGUGAACGGGAUUCUCCUGUCAAGGUUGGUCUCGGUGAUAUACCGGAAAGUUGUGCCGCUAUGGUUCUUAUGUAUUUGGAUCCGCCUGAGAUUUGUAAAUUGGCACGGCUCAAUCGAGCUUUUCGUGAUGCUUCCUCUGCUGAUUUUGUAUGGGACUCUAAGUUGCCUUCUAAUUAUCGUUACCUCAUUGAGAAAGUGUUCGAUCAAGUCCCUCACUAUUUGAGUAAGAAGGAGAUUUACGCCAGAUUGUGUCACCCCAAUCCCUUCGAUGGAGGCACCAAAGAACUAUGGCUGGAUAUGAGCACAGGUGGGACUUGCCUGUCUAUCUCUUCUAUGGCCUUGUCGAUAACAGGGAUAGAUGAUCGGAGGUAUUGGAAGCGCAUCCCAACUGAGGAGUCUAGAUUCUGUUCAGUUGCAUAUCUUCAGCAAAUCUGGUGGUUUGAGGUAGAUGGACAGGUAGAAUUCCAGUUUGCAGCAGGAACAUAUAGCCUGUUCUUCAGGCUUCAUCUCGGAAGAGCCUCCAAGAGACUUGGUCGCCGUGUCUGUAACCCAGAGCAUGUCCAUGGUUGGGACAUAAAGCCUGUUCGUUUCCAGCUAUCAACUUCAGAUGGUCAACACGCCCUGUCCCAGUGUUAUUUGGAGGAACUGGGGAACUGGGGUCACUACUAUGUAGGGGACUUUAUCGUAGAGAAUCCCAGCAUACCCACAAAGAUAAAGUUCUCAAUGACCCAGAUUGAUUGCACACACACCAAGGGAGGUCUCUGUGUAGAUUCUGUGUUAAUAUGCCCUAGUGAGUUUAGAGCCAGGUUAAAGCGUUUUUAAGUUGCUGUUAACCUUGUGUAGCUAGCAAGUUAUCUUUUAGCAUCUAUAUUCUAUAGAGUUGGGAAUUGAAAUAGCUCAGAGAGAGAGAGAGAGAGAGAGAGUCAAGUAGAGUUUGGUUCCUUUGGGCAAGCCCACAAGCAGCAGUUUGUUGUAAAUCAUAGAAAAUUAGCAUUUAGCAAUAUGUAUAUUCUGUUGUUCUUUAUUUGUGUAAUUGUUUGUUGAUUUAUUUUUUCUUUGAUUCUUUUCCCUCUGUAGAGAGGUGUAUGUAGUUGCCAUUUGUGAGUGAUGUUUUGCAUCAUUGUCAAAGCUUUUGGUGGUGUAGGAACUUUGGGAAACAAAUUUCUGGUUGAUAUUUCGCAUGUGAGAGGUGGAAUUUUGUUUUUGUUUA